AUGCUCAUUGGUCUUGAUUAUAGUGAUUUGCAUCAGUCAUUACAUGAAGUAAAAGGUGGUGAAGGUGAACCAAUAGCUCGCUUAACACCUCUCGGAUGGACAUGUGUAGGAAAACUCCAUAAGGAAUCAAACUCCAGUAACAGUUAUCAUUGUACAUUCUUCCAAAAAGGCGAUUCAGUUUUGAAUGAUACUCUCAUUCGCUUUAGGGAAAUUGAAUCAGUGGAAACCGGUGAAAAUCAGAUGUCAGCAGAUAAUUUGAAAGUUAUUCAAAGCACAGAACAGGCUAUAAAGUAUAAUGGUAAUAGGUAUGAAGUUAGUUUACCAUGGAAGGUUCAAACAACAGAAUUGCCAGAUAACUUUGACAUGGCUUAUCAACGUUUAGAGAAUACAGAAAAGCGCUUGAAGAAAAAUGUGAACAUUUAUGAAACAUAUAGGAAUACAAUAGAACGGUAUGUUGAUUUGGGAUAUGUGUCCAAAGUAGAAAAAAAUGAUGGAAAACGUUGGUAUCUCCUGCAUUUCCCAGUACUACGACCAGAAAAAGCAACAACAAAAGUGCGAAUCGUAUUCGAUGCGUCUGCCAGAUGCAAUGGACUGUCGUUAAAUGAUGUUGUGAGUCCAGGACCAAAGUUUCAAAGAGAUUUGUUCGAUGUUCUGUUGAGAUUCCGUCAAAAACCAAUUGCAAUAAUGUGCGACAUCCAAGAAAUGUAUCUUCAAGUUGGUAUUACGCUAUCAGAUCGACCGUUUCACAGUUUCCUUUGGAGAUCGUCAUUUGAAAAUGAACCAGAAGUCUACCAAUUCAAUCGUUUGGUAUUUGGCGUAAACGCGUCACCGUUCUUAGCACAGUAUGUUUCGCAGUAUAACGCUCAGUGCUUCACUAAUGAAUUUCCCUUGGCUGCAGAAACAGUAAUAAAAUCCACAUACAUGGAUGACAGUAUGGAUUCGGUAUCGAAUGAAGAAGAAGGAAUUGAGUUAUAUCGUGAACUAUCUGGACUUUGGCAUAAAGCCAGCAUGUAUGCAAGGAAAUGGUUUAUCAAAUUCUCAAACUGUUCUUGA